AAUUUCCCCAUUCCAUUAUUUUUCUAUUGUCAUCGUCAUGGCGUUAGAAGCUCUUUGCGGUGUUUCUACUAAUUUUGGAUUUGGUCAAAAAUCCGAAAAUGAAAACGAUAUUUUGAAUUUCAUAUCCAAAAACUCAGCUAAUUUGUCCUGCCAUACUCAAUUAGCUUUGCCUCCUGUCCGUGCACCCUCUGAAGCAUUUAAAAUCUUUGAUAAAGAUGAACAUGGAAAGCGUAUCAAAAUUGAAUUUAGGAAGGGUACAACUACUCUUGCCUUCAAAUACAAAGGAGGAGUUAUUGUUGCUGUUGAUUCAAGAGCAACUGGAGGAUCAUUUAUAAACUCAAAUGAAGUGGAAAAGAUAAUAGCAAUUAAUGAUUAUCUUUUGGGAACUAUGGCUGGUGGUGCAGCUGAUUGUGUGUACUGGGAACGCAUUCUUUCUGAAAGAUGCAGAAUUUAUGAGCUAAGGAACCGAGAGCGUAUAUCUGUUGCAGCAGCUUCAAAACUUCUGGCAAAUAUCAUGUUUAAUUAUAAAGGAAUGGGAUUGUCUCUGGGAGUCAUGAUUUCUGGAUGGGACAAAAGAGGUCCUGGUCUGUAUUAUGUAGACAGUGAGGGUAAUCGUUUCCCUGGUGAUGUGUUUGCUGUUGGGUCUGGUGCAACAUAUGCAUAUGGUGUUUUGGAUGGUGGAUACAAAUACGAUCUAGAAGAUGAAGAUGCAUAUGAGCUUGGACGUAGAGCAAUUUAUCAUGCUACACAUCGUGAUGCUUACAGUGGUGGCCUCAUAAGAGUUUGCCAUGUGCGAGAAACAGGAUGGAAACUAAUCAGUGUAGAAGAUUGCACAAAGUUGCACUAUAAGUAUCAAGAUGAAAAAAUGGUGUAAAUUGAACUGUUUUACUUUAUGUUGAAUUAUAACCUUGUAUUUUUUUUUAAUACUUAAUAAAAUUGUCCUGUGCUUUGUUA